AUGCCGUAUACUACACCCGACCACUCGCCGCAGACGUACCUGCACCAUGACCCGUCUCUGGCCGGGCCUCCAGAAUUCUCGCCAGAGCAAUUGGAAUCCUUGACUCGCAGUAUCGAGCGCAAGCAGCAGAAACUCGAGCAAGACAUCAAGCAAUACAUCCAGGGCAAGCAGGUAGAGCUCAAGAACUACGAGCAAGAGCUGCUAGCAGAACAUCGCUCCAAGCAACGCCCUCCGCCGCGGAAUGCCGACAGCUCUAGCCAGAAUUCCUCGUCAAGUGUUUCCGUGACCUCGUCCUCCACUGAGCCUACCGAGACAUCCCCGGAAUCGACCACGCUUGGACCGGUAGAAAAGGCUAAACGCAACAAGCACACACGUGUUCAUAAACGCGAGAAAGAGCUAUUAGAGAUCACGCCUUACUUCUUGCCUCUGCUAGAAGCUGGGGAUUUGGCAUCGCCUACCAAAAAGAAGAAAGAGAAGAAAAAGCAGAAAGAGGUAGUGGCAGAGCACGUUGGCGUUCCUCCAACCGUAGAGCAGGGAUCCCCGACCCGAGAUGCUGAGAACGGCAAGGAAAAUCGCAGAUCCCGGAGCAAUAACAGAGAGGAAAAGAUGGAGCAUGGCGAGGGUGUCCCAGCCGCUGCGGACGUUACGAAAGUAGGCAAACGAGCAGACGAGGGAAAGAAGGCCAAACGCACUGCUGUCAAGAAAUCGUCACUCCGGGGUAACAAUACCCCACGAAGCAGGAGGAAGAGGGUGAGUCUGGUCAUCGAUGACCAGAUCGUUCUCCCCGCCGAUAACAUCAUGGAUCCUCCUCUUACAUCUCCGAGCGAAACUACACUAUCGACUGCAUCCAAUUCGAGCACAUCACUCAACGAAAUCAUAGAUCCACGCCUAACCUCACAUGCCCACCAUGAUCCCGUUCACCACAGUAUACCGCAGAAUACCAACACCAAUAGCUCGCAUCGCCAUGCACCAGCCAGCGCUUCUCCGCCGACAUAUACCGAACACACGAUAACCGCGUCUUCACCUGAGGACUACGUUCCGCCCCAGACCGCCACGCGAACUUUCCUAGAUCCUUCCCCCUCCCACCCGGAACUAAACAUCCCCCAACGUGCCUCCGGUUCACCGAUAUAUGCAUCGGAACCUGAAGCGGCAGAGGCGGAUGAAGAACAAUUCAGUACCUACGUCGGUGGCCUCUCGGGAUCCAAUGUCGACGAUGUAGAUCAAGCUGGCAGCUACGGUUAUCCCUCGUCGCUGGGCGCAAGCUACAUGGAGAGCUACAUGCAGAGCCGACCGUUGAGCGUACGCAUUGCCGCGGCCGAGAAGGCCGGUCUGAAAGAAGAAGAGAAGAAGCGACUCCUCCAGGGAACUGGCGGCGACCAAAACACCAGAAAGGAGGACGAAGAACCGGAGCGUCGCCCAAGAGGCCAAGAGAACUCAAAGCAAAGACGCACGGUUGAAGACGAUGACGACGACUUCGAGAUUAUGGGUGAAAUGGACGACUUUUAA